CUUAUUGCACUAGUUCAGCAGUGCAGCUGUAAAGAACAGAUCUAUUGUUUCAUUUUCUCUGUUUCAACUUUUUCCAUGAGUUUUUUGUUCGCUUCCACAGCAGUUGGAUGUGGUUCCCGUUGGUUCCUGUAACUACGCAUAUUUUUGAUCUUGGAGACUGCGUACGCGUUGUUCCCGUUUCUCUUUUAUUUUCAAAAUCGUUCUGAUUUACGUAAGAAAAGGAGUGUAAUAACUCUGCUCAGAGCCAUAUAUUGAAUGAAUGAAUAAACUUUUUCCAUGCAUUUGAGCUUAUUUCUUCUUGCAUCGUUAGUAAUGUAUAUUGUCACUGUUGCGUAGGAUUGUUUUAUUAAUUUGUUUGUGAUCAUAUAGACAACAUGAGUGGUAACGAUCGCGAUAUUGAUGCCAAAAGUGUAAAUUGGCAUUCCGAAAAUAAAUAUCUAAUAAUUGACAACAAUGACGAAAACGUGGAAAAUGUCGAAAACAAUGAUACAAAAUCUAGAUCUGGGAGGAGCUCUAAUAAAACACAAUAUCGUUCUCAGACAGAAAAAAGGGAACAUCAUAAUUAUUUGGAAAGGAAACGACGAGAUGAUUUGAAAAUGGUUUUUUUUCAUUUGAAAAAUAAUGUACCAACUAUACUAAAAGGAAAAGCAAGUAGAGCAGUAAUCCUAACGAAGACAAUAGAGUAUAUUCAAAAGAUGAGGGAAGAAACUGCCGUACAUCAACGUAUUACUCAACUUGUAGGUGAGAACAUGUUGUUGAAUGAUCGAAUUAAAGAAUUAAAGAAGGAACUUCCAAGAAGUUGCAAGAGUAGCACAUAUCACAACAAAACAACUAUCCAGUCACAGGAUACUAUAUUGGAACUAGGGCUGUGCGAUUAACUAAACUCAUAUUAUAAUAGAAAAUAAAGGGAAAAAAACGUACAUUUUUGGAAGAUAAGAAUCUUCCAUUUCAUAUUUCUACACACAAAAUUAUGUAUUAUUUGUAUAUAUAUAUAUAUAUAUAUAUAUAUAUAUAUAUAUAUUGAGAUGUAACGUGAAGAAUGCAGAUUUUGCUGAACUCUUAUGCAAAAAUAUUGAAAAAUGUUUUGACAGAGUUUUUGUUUGUUGUAGCCUAGAUGAAUCAAUCUGUAAACUGUGAGCUGCUCCAAAGCGAAUCAUUCGAUUGAAUGAUGCACGGGCCUAGUCGGCCGAUCCAGAAUAGGUUGCAAACAUCCAAACCAGUUGCGAGUUGCGAAAGAUGGCAAUUACUAGCAGCAGAGAGGAACGUGAGAGCGGCCAACACGGCGUUUUCGGCGACACCGACUUUCUGCACUAGAGACCCUACAAUAGAGAAUCUGGACAUUAGAGCUUCGGUGUAAUUGGUUCACGGACCAGUGGCCUGAAAAUGGCGGCACCAAUAGAAAACCUUGCUUACUUAGCACGAACGGGUAGAUAAUUUGGAUGUCAAGUAAUGUGUCUUCUGGAUAGCGUCACAUAUUAUUUUAUUUAGCAUCAACACAUGAAAAGUAAAGAAUUUCAUAAACGAA